AUGCCGCUUUACCUUAUUCUUGCUUGGGUCAGCCUCAUUUCGUCUGCAACAGAAGCCUCAGCCUCCGCUGCAGUCUUCCACUGCAAAGUGGGUCUCCUCUGCACGCUCCGCCUGCAGGAAUCCCAUUCAACGGGUAACUGUCAGUGCACGUGAGUCCGCAAUGCCAUUGUGUUCUUCUGCUGUGACUUUUGCUUGCAGGCGCUGAAGUCGUGAAUGAGAUUGUGCUUUCAUCCUCUCCUUGUGAGAACCUCCUGGCGGUGACUACCGAGCUUCUCGGCAUCACGGCAAUUCGCGGCGAUAAUGGAGGACAAUUCCGGCUCGGCGAGCCCCGCUCUACCGGACGAUUCGAGCUUUGCUGGUACGCAAUACCCAUUGCCCGCUCACUCACCAUUCUUGAGAUCAUGUCACCAGGUGUGGCGGCUUUGGCAAGAACGGGUGCGGCUCCAGCGCUGGCAAAUUGAUAGUAACAAAUGAGCCGCGGCGUCUGCAGGGGACGCCAAUGUCACACGAAGGCGAAGGCGAAGGAGAAGGGAUUAUCAAGAUGCCUCACGAACACCAAACAGGGCCACCUGUGCCGCUGACUUUCGAGGGGAGUGAGGGCCAUCACUAUUUGCCGUCAGUCUAUCAUCCGUUCGAGCAUGAGCAUAUGAUUGGCCCG